AUGUUUGCAUUCAAUUAGUUUUUUAUUACUCUAUAAUAUAAUCGAAAAACAUUUGUAAUGAAAUCUUAAUAUCGAUUAUUUUUGAGUCGUUUAACCUCCUCGCUGGUUAUUUAUUUACAGUAUUGUAGUCCGUGCUAGAAAUUACUCUAGAUAAAGUUCCUAGUUCUGUACCAUUUAAUUAUUGGAUGGUAGGAGCAAUGUCUCUCGAAAAUAUUCCAAAGGAUCUGAGAUCAGCUAGAGCCUGUUUAGUGUGCUCUUUAAUUAAGUCAUUUGAGCAAUUUGAAUUUGAUGGGUGUGAUAACUGUGAUGAAUUCUUAAGGAUGAAAAACAACAGAGAAAAUGUUUAUGACUGUACCAGCUCAAAUUUUGAUGGAAUGAUAGCUCUAAUGUCGCCUGAAGAUAGCUGGGUUGGUAAAUGGCAGCGAAUCAAUAGAUUCACCAGAGGAAUAUAUGCCAUAUCAGUUGCUGGAAAACUACCUAAUAGUGUCAUCAGAGACAUGAAGAGCAGAGGAAUCACUUACAAACCCAGAGAUAAAUGUCAACGAUAAAUUUAGGUCAUAUUAAUGAUACCGUAUUCAAUUUAAGGGUGGAAGAAAAUGUUCCCUUUAUUUAUUAUAGUUUAUUUUAUGUCUUGAAAUAUCAUAUUGAUGCUGAAAUGCUAAUCAGAUGAUCUUUCUUAUAUAAAUAUUACAUUAAUUGAAGACUUCUGGGGAAAACACACUAGCAAAAAAACUUGAUUAGAGAAAAUGAAUCCAUAGUUGGACUUAGCCUUCUAUCCCCCUUUGUUAUUUCGCAAUUGCAUUUUCGAUAGAAUUUUAAUGUUUUCUUUUAUCUAUUUUAACCUACCGAUUAAUCAGUUUUGAAAAAAUUUGACAUCUCUGUUUUCCCAUGUGGUUUUCAAUUGUCUAUUUUAAUGGUUGUCUAUUGUCAUAACAAAAUAUUCUCAGCUUAUUGUUUUAUUGUCAUGCUUUUUGAACUAAAAUUUGUAAUACAUUUUUAUAUGAUAUCAAUUUUAAUUGUUGUUACACCCUUAAUUAAGAAAAAGUUGCUGUGUCCAUUUAAUUCUAAAACAAAUUGUACCUUUUCUUGCUAAAUUGAUUAUUAAUUUACUUUGUUUUACAUUAUAAAAAUUUGAACCCAUUUAAUUAAGAUUUUAAGUCAAGAAUUAUUAUAAUUAUGUUAUUAAACAUUCUGAUAAUGCAUCCCUACUACUUUAGUAACUUACAUAGCCAUUUAUAUUUAACAUAAAGUCAGCUUAUUCAGAAGAGGGACACUAAUAUUUUUUCGCUCAAUCUGAUUUUCCUACAUUUUUAGGGAUAAGUAUUUUUUUUUAUGACUUUACAUUUCAGUUAAGAAGUGUAUUUGAAUUACUAUGUAAUUAAUUAUUAUGUAAAUAAGUAAUAAAGUUUUUAUUUUUAAUAUA